AUGCCCGCCAACCCAUCCCAAACUCCAGGGAGGGGUCAAGCUGGUUCUGUACAAUCCCGCUCAUCUAACCCGUCUAGGAACGAUGACUCGGGCUCCGGAGCGGAAACCCCCGCCCGCAGACGUCUUGUAAAGGCCGCUUCAACCACCUUCCAUACGAAUUCUACGACCAAUUUUGAUUCUCAGCCCUCGAGGGGUGUAGCAGGGCCCCGUGUUGGGGGCACAACUCGCAGGCAAUUGUCUGUUCGAGGCAAUGCCCCUCAGGGGCCGCGACCGCAGGACGCUUCGCGUUGGAGCAAACCGUCCGGUGGCUAUUUUCACUCCGAAACCUCAUCGGUUGACUCCACCAACGAUUCCAAGGGUUAUAAUCUCCGAUCUACGAGUGUGGGAAAUUUGGCGAAGCAAGACACCACCCAAAUUCCCCCGGACAAUAUGGAUUUUUUGGCGCCAAUAAAUUUUGACGACUUCCACAACAGCAUCAUGGCGGAGCCGAGCUUGAAUCACUUCCCCAUGCCUGGAAAUGGAGGCGCGGGCUCUGAAAAUAGGGACUCAGGCCUGUCAACCAACAGCUCCUGGACAAAUAACAGCUAUGAGAGCAAUAUCUCGGAUCGCACAAGAAACGCGUCCGCCCGGCGGAAGAGCGAAGUAUCCCGCUUCCACGGUCAGAAUGUUCCAAAUCCUGGGUUGCUCACGACCUCUGGCAACACGCGAUCGCGACGUCAAAGUCUCGCUCAGCCGGUCGCCAAUGGAGGUAAUCAUCCCACUGUCGGGGCGCGAGCUUCUCGCAAGUCAAUCAGCUCUGGCGCAUUUGCGCCCACCAGUGCUUCAGCGAGACGCGCCAGCUUGAGUGCUCGCAAAGUCAGCACCGAUCCAUCACGAGACCCGAACAAUUCCCUUCGACCGCGGGGUACACAGCCAGACUCGGGACGAGAUGAGCCUAAAGUGCCCUCCUCUGUGCGAAGCCUCAAAGCAAAGUCUUUCCAGCCCACUGCACGAGAGCCACGCGGAGCUUACUUGACCGCGUCUGGGACCUCGGACCACAGCCGAUCAUCUUCGACUAAUGCCGUUCGCACACCGGUCAAGAACACAACCGGAAACCCUACUGCUACGACGCCCACAUCUUCGUGUUCAUCUUCCAAGCGUAUGUCUGUCAUGCCGCAUGCAACUGGUUUAGGUGCCCGUACCAUCAGUCCCACGGAUGCACGCCGCAUGAAGCGGAUGUCCAUCGCACCUCCUGCACCUCCCAUGCCACAUACCCCACCCACCCAGACAGAGCCCCUUCCUGUUCGGCCUCUUUCCUCGAACCAAUCCCCUUCCUUCCUCCCAAGAAAAAGCAUCACCCCAUCCUCUAACCGGACCACGCCAGAUCCCAACCGCAAGUCCUACAGCUCUGGGUUAUCGCUGUCAUCGAACACCAGCUACAACUCAAUCCGGAACUCCAGCAGCUCGCUUCAGCCACGUCUCUCCCAAAAUUUCUCGUCCUCGCGACUACCCACGCCCAAGCCGCGCACGGAGCAAUCAUCAUCGAAUGCGGAGGAAGAAGUGCCUCCGGUCCCCGCAAUCCCCAAGGCUUAUGAAUCCCCCAAGGGUGAACUGGACGCGCCGGUCUUCCCGGCCCCAAGGAAGUCCAGCUUACCAGUGGAUAUCAGCCAAUUGCAUAUUGCGCAGGAUUCAGACAUGGAAACCCAGGGCCGACACGGUGCCACCGCCGAUGACAACAAUAAUGACUAUACGACUGAGCGGGCGGCGAAAACGCCGGAGUCGCGAACACGAACCUCCACGGUUCUGGGUCGCAAGGGCCUGCAGCCAUUGAAGCUGCCUCCCCUAAACCUUCUGCCGCUGGGAACUCCAAUGACGACCAAGAUUGAGGCUUUAAGAGACCGGGAAGCGGAAGAGCGGAAAUCCUACACCCCUUCCAACCAGGUCAUGUCGAAGACGCCCAGCACGCCAAUGACUGCAUCAAAGGCAUCCAACUUCUGGUCUUUCCGCGACGAUGAAGAUAAAGCACCUGCUACUCAGGUACGUAGCAGUACGUCCCAUUUUGCAAUCAGCACUAGCGCAACGGCGGCGUCAUUACGGGCGGCCAGCAGUACCAGCGCGUUCGAGUCUCUCGAUACACCCAGUGGCAACCGAAAUAUAUCACCAUAUGCAUCAUAUACACUACCCAAGAGCAGCAGCGACUUUAAUGCUCUCCGUCACCAAGCUAGCGGCGACUAUUCCAAUAACCGAGCUUCUCACUCGUACAAGUUGACUGGUCCACGCCCGCAGACACAAAGUGCCAGUUUUACACCCGCUACAGAAAGAUUGAGUCAGAUUUCGACCCCUUCUGAGCCGGAAAGCACUACUGCGGUGUCGGGUCCCUCGCUUCGGGAUCGCUUGAAUGUUGCACGAGUUCGCAGCAAUUCCAAGAUAAAGCCCUCGGCUGACAUGGAUAUCGAUCCAGCCAAAUACGACCAUAUGCCACCACCCAAGCUCCCGGCAUCCGCAACUUGGAACAAUUUGUCUUCUGUGCCUUCGACCAGUCCUAGUGUCAAGACAUCUUACCUCAAGCCCCGCCGUCAAUCAUCUGUGUCUAGCAUAACAAAACAACCGGCGUCCCCUCGCAAGCCCAGUGUCAGCAGUGAACAAGGCGUCAACUUGGAGCCAACUCGUUCAAAUGAUUCUUCUGGAAGUCUGGAUCCCUCGCAUGCCCGACCCAACAGCACUUAUGUGUCUCCGGUACAUAAAAUAAUCAACUCUGCUCGUUCCAGCGCCGCGGCUUUCUUCUCGGUCGACCGAUGCCAGUGUUGA